AUGGUCGCCAGGUCGGCAGAGAACGAGCGGACGGGAAACAUCACCAUCAUCGCCUGGCAGAUUGAGGAGAGACGGGAACAGAGGGCCCCUGUUGCUAGGUUACAGCGCGGCGACACCGUCAACGGGAGAAUGGUGCUCCCAGUAGAUGAGAGUCUGACUGAGUCCAUUGGCAUCCGGUCCAAGUCUGCCUCUCUCUGCAAAGACACACUGCUCAAGGCUGUGUUUGGGGGCACCAUGUCUCGUAUGUACCGCUUCCCCACCACGGACGGGAACCACCUGAGGGUUCUGGAGCAGAUGGCCGAGAGCGUGCUCUCUCUACACAUCCCCCGGCAGUUCGUCAAGCUGCUGUUGGAGGAGGAUGCUGUCAGGGUGUGUGAGCUGGAGGAGCUGGGCGAGUUGUCUCCGUGCUGGGAGAACCUGAGGAGAGACAUCAUCACUCAGUACCAGACCAUCAUCCUCACCUACCAGGAGACCAUCAGUGACCUGCACGAAUACAAGGGUCCCUCCUUCAAGUCCAGCACUCUGAAGGCAGAGAAGAAGCUGGAGUUCAUCCCCACCAACCUGCACGUUCAGAGGAUGAGGGUACAGGGAGAGUCUGGCUACGACCGCACGUAUGACGUGGUGACCAUCGGAGCCCCGGCUGCGCACUAUCAGGGUUUCAAAGGCUGCGGCCUCCGCAAGCUGGUGCACAAGCUGGAGGAAGCCAGGAAGCACGCUUAUAAGGAGGAAAGUUCUGGCUCGGGAUCGAAAGCCGUGGCGUACCUACCUCAGGAUGUGGUGAGGGCGAAGGAGCUGAUUGGUCAGAUCAACACCCUGAAGACCCAGGUGUGCUACUACGCUGAGCGCUUGUCCCGCGCGGCCAAGGAACGCUCCGCCAACGCCCUGGAGAGAACCCUCGCCAUCCUCACUGAGAAGACUCGCCAGCUGGUGACUGUGUGUGACUCCAAGCUCCUCUCGUCGGCCAUCUUGGCCCUGGCGGCCGCGCGUCCCGAGGGCAUCACCCCCCAGGGCACGCCCUCGCCCUCCUCCUCCUCCCUCUCGCCCUCCUCCCGCUCCCCGUCCCGCUCGCCCUCGCGCCACUUGCCCUCCCGCCUCUCCACCUCGCCCUCGCGCCACCCCGAGGGCGACAGGGGCAAGCGGACCUCUCUACCGGCCGACUGGCACGAGGAGGACUGGGGGAAGGUGUGGCUGAACGUGGAGAAGAGUCUGGAGUGUGUGAUCCAGAGGGUGGAGCGUCUGCUGCAGAGAGACAGGAUGGAGAGCGACAGCAGCUGUGAGGACGUCUUCCUGGCUGCUGAGGGCCAGCAGGAAGGCAGAACUAAGAAAGGUAUCCUUAGUAACCAGGAAGAGUUCUGGAUACACCCCGGAUGUAAACAGAAGAACUUCCUGUCCCCGUCAACAUGUCCUCUUCCUCUAUCGUCAUCAUCCUCCCAUUGUAACCAGACCCUUGCAUGCCCGCCCCGCCCUAACGGAGACUGCUAUGGCAGUCCUGAGGGGGAAAAACGCUCUCCAGGCGAGUGGAGCGAGGCUCUCUACCCCCUGUUGACCACACUGACGGAGUGUGUGUCCCUGAUGAGCGACAAGGCCAAGAAGUCCAUGGUGUUCCUGCUGAUGCAGGACAACGCCCCCACCAUCGCCAGCAGCCUCACGCUGCAGUACCGCCGGGACGUGGUCUUCUGCCAGACUCUCACAGCCCUGAUCAGCGGCUUCGUGAUCAAGCUGAGGAACUGUCUCUGUGACGACGGGUUCCUAAGGCAGCUGCACACCAUUGGCCUGCUGGUCCAGUACGAGGGCCUGCUCAGCACCUACGGGGAGGAGCUGGCCAUGCUGGAGGACAUGAGUGUGGGCGUGCUGGACCUGCGGAACGUCACAUUUAAGGUUACCCAGGCAACCUCCGGGUUCAGCCCGGACAUGCUUCCCGUCAUCACCGGAAACCGGAACGGCUUCAAUGUCAGGGUUCCGUUGCCGGGGGCGAUGUUUGACGCGUUGCCGCGGGAGAUCCAGAAUGGCAUGCUGCUGCGCGUGCAGCCUGUUCUGUUCAACGUGGGGAUUAACGAGCAACAGACACUCGCUGAGAAGUUUGGAGACACGUCUCUGCAGGAGGCGGUGAACACAGAGAGCAUGGCUCGUCUCAGCUCCUACUACGACCAGUUCAAGGAAGUCCUGCCAGAGGAGAGCCUCCCUCGUACCCGCAGCCAGACCAGUGUUCCUGAGCUGCUGAAGAUGCUGAGCAACAACAUCAACGCCAAGAAGAGCAAGAACGUCGACAUUCUCUGGCAGGCAGCCGAGGCAUGUCGGCGUCUGAACGGCAUGCGCUUCACCAGCUGUAAGAGCGCCAAGGACCGCACGGCCAUGUCUCUGACGCUGGAGCAGUGUCUGGUGCUGCAGCAGGAGCACGCCAUGGCGCCGCAGGUCUUCUCCCAGGCCCUCGACUGCAUGAGGAGUGAGGGCUGCCGGAGAGAGAACACAAUGAAGAAUGUGGGAUGUCGUAAAUAUGCCUUUAACUCCCUCCAACUGAAGGCCUUCCCCAAGCAGUACCGCCCCCCAGAGGGCACGUAUGGGAAAGUAGAGACCUGAUUGGACACUCAAUCUGUCCGUCUCGAAAAAGAACCCAGAGGAGGAAUGGGAACAAGAAUAAAGAAACCCUACACAAAAAAAAUAAAAAUAUCGACACGCAUCUCUUCGUUUAGUGGUCACUGUUAAUAACGUCAUGUUCCAGUGUUACCAGAGGUCGUUUAUCUCUGUGUAGCUCCCUGACUAUUGAACCACAGAGUAUUCUUGGUCUUGAUAGCCAUGCCACAACACACCAAGCACCAACAGAGACAUGGCUUUCUAUCUAGCUUUCACAGUAGCUCAGCGUGCAUCUAAGAUCUUCUGCAAACUCACGACCUCCUCCCAACGACCUCUUAACGUGACGCCAAGGCAUGCAGAGGGUCCGGCCCACGGGCUCACAACCAGAAAUCUUUCUUAAUCUUAAUCGCCAAUCCCUGUUGCUUCUGCCAAAUGACUAUACUAAAGUGAAUCAGAGCCACUGCGCCGAUACUUCAUAAAACAGAAUCAGAUUGGGCCUUAAACCAGCUGAGUCACUAUUAUAUAGAGAAGCCCUUGUUUUAGUUUUAGAGCUCUUAGUCAGUUUACAGUUUCAGUUUUUCAUCAGUUAUUCCUGUUUUUUCUGUUGUGUCUCACAACAAAUCAAGCACAGACGUCUUUGAAAUGUCAAAUGUUUCGAAGCUGAGGAUAUUGCUGUAGGUCAUCCCAUAAAUGUGAAUUAUUUUUGUUGACGUAGUGUGGUUACUGUCAUGAAUCUAGACUUUAGACAGAGGCUUUUGUUGUAAGGUCUGCAGAAGAGACAUUACAGUAGAUUACAGCCAAACAAGAUCAAUGUGGACAAUCUCCUGUCCUCUUGUUACACAUCAAAUGUACCUGUGUCAACCUGCUAGAAGAAUGUAUGGAACAUGAUAGAUCUCGGCUCUCCAAGGGUCUUACAGGAUAGGUUCUGGUCAUCUGAAUCCAAGUUAACAGGACAACGAGGAUUCAGGACAAGAUGUUGAGACGAUGUUAAAACCUGAAGCAAAGGGGAAUGUUCUUUUCCGAAUGCAAGCUGACACGUGACACCUCACAUGCUACGGUAUCGUAGACGGGAAGGUUUUGUGCAUGGUUGAAUACAUGUGUUAGACAGGUCUUUGUGUGACCUCUGUACUGGGGUCAGAUAACAUGUUGACCUUUGGCCAGCAUUCAUAGAUCUAGAUUCUAGAGCACAUGGAAGAUGUAUAGUAGAUCUGACAUGUAGGCUGUUGUGGAGUGAUCUUCACCUAUUAUACCUCAGUUAGGACAAGAUUCUGUCAGUAUCUACACUUGGUCUUUGAUUUGAAAAGUAUCUCACAAUAUAAUUUCACACAGAUUAUGUAUGCUGAUUCACUGAAAACGUUGCCAAAUGCUGAUGCAGUUAUAGUUUAAUCCAUUGAUCGUGUGAAUGGACAACACGUCGGAUGUUUUUGGCGAUAAAAUAUCUUUGCUGUAAAAUGUGCUCUUGUUCUUUACUCUUUCCUGUACCCCUGCUAUUAAAAACUAAAUAAAAUACAUGUUUAUCUUGUGCUAUUUAUCUCUC